CACGCAUGUGGCAGACGACGCUGCCACCGGCGCACAUGUUGCAGCAUUGUUACCGAAUUUUGAUCCGUGUCGUGUAAUAGAAAAAUUCAACAAUGGCUCCGAGGAUCGAAUUGGCUAUUGGCUUGAACAAAGGCCACAAAACCACCAAAAUCCGAGUCGCUAAGAACCUAUGUGAAAAAGACCGGACAACAGUGAUCCGACCCGCUAGACUAAAAGGCCGUCAGACCAAGCACAGCAAGUUUGUGCGAGACCUCAUAAGGGAAGUUUGUGGUCACGCUCCCUAUGAAAAACGUGCGAUGGAAUUAUUGAAAGUGUCAAAAGACAAACGUGCUUUGAAAUUCCUUAAGAGGAGGUUGGGAACACACAUCCGUGCCAAAAGGAAGCGUGAAGAGCUUGGAAACAUCCUUGUUCAAAUGAGAAAAGCUGCUGCUGCCACUCAUCAUUAAGUAACAUUUUUUAUUCAUAAGGUUUCAAAAUAAAAAAUUCAAAAAAAAUCUUUUCUGUGCAAUCAUUAUUUCAUCAAUGUGCUUAGUUGUCAAAUAUCUUAAAACUAGCUUGUAGUUUUUUAUUAAGGUUGUAAUAUAAAGAACAAAAAUAAUUUUGUGAGUAAAAUGAGUUAGACAUUGAAAAUAAACUUUUGAGUUAAAGUUGA